AUGGCGCUCUCCAAGUUCACCUUAUACCUCGAUGCAGGCUCGGCAUCACUCUAUCUCAGCGUCGCUUUCAUCGUCUAUUAUGUAGUCUCAUCUGUCAUAGCCUACGGUCGUCUCCGCCAAUUCCCCGGCCCUCUCAUCGGACGCUUCUCUUACCUAUGGCUCAUAUCAAACGCGCGCUCCGGCCGGCCGGCCGAACACUUCACCAACCUCAACAGGAAACAUGGCUCCCUGGUCCGCAUUGGCCCAAACGACCUCGUCACCGACGACCCGGAUAUCCUACGUCGCAUGAACGCUGCGCGCUCUACUUACGGCCGAUCAUCCUGGUACGAUACCACGAAGCUAAACCCUCACGAAGACAGCUUGUUCAGUCUGCGCGACACCGGCGCACAUGAUAGGCUUAAGGCCAAGUGCGCAGCUGGAUAUGCCGGCAAAGAGAACCUGGCGCUCGAAGAUGGCAUCAACUCCCAGGUGGCUGGUUUUGUGGACCUCAUCCGGAGGAAGUAUGUGACUACCGACGACGACGUCAGGCCGAUGGACCUGGGAAAGACAGCACAGUAUUUCACGUUGGAUGUUAUUACCAGAGUUGCGUACGGGAAGGAGUUUGGAUACCUAGCUACUGAUUCGGAUGUCCAUGACUACAUCAGCACAACGGAGGCAGCUAUACCGCUUCUGCAGCUAUGCAGUGAGGUGCCGUGGCUUGCCAGCUUUAUGUUUUCCAAGCCCGUCCUGGGAGCGGUCGGCCCAAAACAUACUGACAAGAGCGGAUUGGGAAAGCUAAUGGGAGUGGCCAAGGAGGUCGUCGGACGACGUUUCGGUACAGAUGCGAAGGAGGAACCUGACAUGCUGGCCAUUAUCUAUGAAGGUCUUCGGAUGUGCGCGCCCUUCACCGGCCUUUGCGCCAAAGAGGUACCCGCCGGAGGAGACACCAUUGAUGGACGCUUCAUUCCCGGUGGUACGCGCAUCGCCCAGAACGUAUGGGGCACGCUCCGUCGCGUCGACGUCUUUGGUAAAGAUGCGGAUCUCUUCCGGCCUGAGCGAUGGAUCGAAGCCGAUGCGGCGACGAGGGAUAAGAUGCAGAAGACAACCGAACUCGCGUUUGGAUAUGGACGAUGGGGUUGUGCGGGAAAGAAUGUUGCGUUUCUCGAGCUGAAUAAAGUGUUUGUUGAAUUGCUUCGCAAUUUUGAGUUCCAGAUUUCGGAUCCCGCUAAGCCUUGGCAUAGCGUGAAUCACAACUUGUUCAUGCAGGAUAACUUCUGGGUAAUGGUUACCGAACACAAUAAUUAA